AUGGCAGAGCUCUCAAAAAACUAUGAUGUCUUCUUCUUCCUCAUCCUUCUCUUGCUGUCACUUACCUCACAACUUUCACUAGCUAGGCCUUCCAAAGAACCCAAACCGUGUAAGCACAUUGUGCUCCACAUGCAUGACGUAAUCUUCAAUGGCAAUGACUCGGCCAAUGCGACUGGGGCUGCCGUGACUGGUCCGGUUGGGCUUGGCCCUUUUGGCUUUGGCCAGGUAUUCAUCUUUGACAAUCCGAUGACCAAGGAUCAAAACCUGUUGUCUCCACCGGCGGCCCGAGCUCAGGGUUUCUAUUUUUACCAGAUGAAGACUGCUCCGAGCACCUGGAUGGCGUUUACCUUGGUUUUCAACUCAACCGAGUAUAAGGGGACUUUGAACGUCAUGGGGUCCAAUUUUAUCCCGGCAAAGACUAGGUAUCUCUCGGUUGUCGGUGGAACUGGAGAUUUCUUCAUGGCGAGAGGGAUUCUUGAGCUUGAGACGGAUGAUUUUGUCCUGUCUGUGUAUUUUCGAGUGAAGAUGGAUGUUAAGUUGUACGAGUGCUAUUAGGAACUGAAAAACUCAGUGGCCACAAAUGCUAUGUAAUUUUAGGAUUUAUAAGGAAGGGCGUGG